CAUCUAUAAAAACCCGAUAUGAGGAGCCCUUGUUUGUCACAGACAAUAUCAUACAGUUCUUUACCUGCUUAUCUCUUGUUCAUAUACUCUCUUUCAGGCCUUAAGACUUAGCAUCAAGAUGGCAAGUCUCAACUGUUUCAUCUUAGCUCUUUUCAUUGCUGUGUCACUUUCACGCGGCGAGGCAGCUCGUCAUCUUCUGCAAUUGCCCCCUUUACCUUCCGUGCCCAGCUUGCCUAAACCAACAUUGCCACCAUUGCCUUCUAUACCAUCUCUGCCACAGCCCACAUUGCCAACUUUGCCCACCACCCAACAACCUUCACUGCCUAAACCCUCUCUGCCUCCACUUCCAAGCAUGCCAACACUGCCUACUGUCGUCCCCAAGGCCACCUUGCCUCCACUUCCAAGCAUGCCAACACUGCCUACUGUCGUCCCCAAGCUCAGCUUGCCUCCACUUCCAAGCAUGCCAACACUGCCUACUGUCGUCCCCAAGCUCAGCUUGCCUCCACUUCCAAGCAUGCCUUCAAUUCCCAAUAUCCCUCUCCCAACAACAAUUCCCUCUAUUCCAUUCCUCUCCCCGCCACCAGCUGGAAAUUAGUCUCAUUUCAAGUUUGAUUAUGGAGUUGUCAUGUCAGAGAUAUAUCUUUUGAGUGCUUGGUUCUUACUUCUCUACGCAGUAGCGUGAGGAAUUGUGUUGUCUGUAUACCUUCAUUUGAACACUGUUAAUUGCUUCUUGUAUUCAUUUGUCUCCUUUCAUCAUAUAUAUAUGAACUUUCACAUUUAAUUAGUUCA